UCGAGUUAGUGUUUGGCAAACUAUGAUUAAAUAACUACACACGCAAAUCGAUUUCUUUCCCGAGUGCACAGAUAAUCUAGGCGUUUCAUAUAGUCUUCUUGGACCCACAAUUUAUUAUUUAUUGUGUGUAAAGAAAAUACUGCUAGCCAAUGGAGUCGAGUGUAGCGGGAUCGUUCGAAAAUGGGGUAGUUUUGAUCACUGGAAGUACGGGGUUUUUGGGGAAAAUGCUCACAGAAAAAUUAUUGAGAUGUUGUCCGGUAAAUAGAAUUGCGAUUUUAGUUAGAAGCAAGAAAGGAUUUAGCGCCAGUCAACGGGUCGCGGACAUAUACAAACAAUCUCUAUUUGACCGACUUCGUAGUGAAAAACCAGAUUUUAUAGAGUCAAUCAGAAUCAUCGAUGGACAUUUAGAAGAAUCGUCGAUGGGUUUAUCAUCGUCGGACCGAGAGUGGCUGAUAGAGAAUGUGAACUUUGUUUUUCAUUGCGCGGCUACGAUUAAAUUCAACGAACCUCUUGAAUUAGCGUCGAAAAUAAACAUCCAAGGUACUGAAAAUGUAAUGACAUUAGCAUCACGAAUGAAGAAUCUCAAGGGUUUUGUGCACGUGUCAACAGCUUAUUCGCACUGUCCGAGAAAUGAAAUCAAAGAAGAAUUCUAUCGUGUUCCAAUCACGGCCAAUGAGCUAAAAAAUAUUUUUGUUGAUGAGGAAUCAUGUUCGAAAAUUCUAGAAGAUUGGCCAAACACGUACACUUUUACAAAAGCCGUCACAGAAAAUAUGAUACUAACAAACGGAAAUCACUUGCCGAUAUCAAUAUUCCGCCCAUCAAUCAUCGGGUGCACUAAGUCUGAACCGGAACCUGGGUGGUUAGAAAACAUGAACGGACCAACAGGUCUGAUUGCCGGGGUCAUGGUUGGAUUUUUGAGGACGGUACCAAACAUCGGGAGCAAUAUAACAGAUCUUAUCCCUGCCGAUUACACCGUCAACGCGUUGAUUUCCGUCAUGUGGGAUACAGUUAACAGACAUAAACAGUUGAAUGGUGUACCUCCCGAGGCACCGAAAAUAUAUAAUUACGUUUCUUGCGUCGAAAGCCCUUUGACGUGGGGUAGGUAUAUCAAAGAAAUGCACGCUCAAUAUUAUAUUGCUCCACCUUUGCAAUCGAUGUGGUACGGUUUUUAUAUUUUCUAUACGAAUUUAAUUGUCGGAAGUAUUUUGAGAUUUUUCUUACAUCGAUUACCAGCCGCUUUUAUGGAUUUGAUAUUGAUUUUGACCGGUAAAUCUCCUAAAAUGUUGAGAAUGUAUGCAAAAACCGAAAGCAUGAUUGAUUUGCUUUAUAAUUUUUCUACAAAACAGUGGAAAUUUGAAAAUAAAAAUUCAAGAGAACUAUGGUUGUUGCUAAGUAAAGAUGACCGCGAAAUGUUCCGGUUUAGCUUAGAGGAAUUUGAUUGGAAAUCUUAUAUAAAAAGCUAUUAUUACGGGAUAAGGAGGCAUGUACUGCACGAAGAUCUGAGCAACAUAGAAAAGGCAAUGUCAAAAAAUCGACAGUUAUUAUGGCUACAUCGGUUGUUUGUGGUACUAAUUAUAUCUGCCGUAUUGCAAUUGUGUUGGACGCUUAUAAAAAUUUUAAAUUGAUGACAAAUUAUUGACAAUGAUUGAACGAUGGAUAUACAUUUUAUUUAAAUCAAUUAUAUAUACCUAAGAUUCAUAUUUUUGUUUAUUUUCAGCUGUUUGCAUCUAUUGUAUUAUAAUAUAUUAUAGUUUUACGAUUUAAAUCAAGGAAAAUCUGAUUGUAUAUUAUACCUUAAAUAUAAGCAACGGCAUUGGACUUAUAUUGUUAAAAGUUAACAAUUUCCCAAAUUAUUUUUAU